AUGUGCAGCCAAGUUGCUUUCUUGAUUUGCACUUUAGUCUAUUUCGUAUACAGUGCAAAAGUGCCUUUCGAAAAGAUUGGUGAAGCUCAGGCAAUACAAGCACCCUUCUUCGAGCUACCAUGUAUGAGAAUUGGUGGUACUUGUGCCAAAGCGUUUGCAUGUCCCACAGGGACUAGAGUUGGACGAAGAGGAUUAUGUCCAGACCAACAGGAAUUAGGCAUAGAAUGCUGUAGACCUAAUAGGGUGGCCCGACCUUUGGAUCAAGUCCAAGAACGCAAAAGUGAACGAAAACCGGCGAACCAGGGAAAAACAAACAUCGACAAUAAAUGCAUUACGAGAAAUGGAGUAUGUAUAGCAACUGGUGGUGAAUGUCCUCAAACAAUGCAGAUAGAAGGAACAUCAGAUUGUAAAUCAGACGAAAUAUGCUGUAUUUAUAACCAAUAA